UGUAAACAGGUGGGUGUCUCUCACUUCCAAGUACGUGAAUGCAUUUAAUCGGCAGAAUACACAUUUAUUUUGCACGGAGUUGUGUAUCCAACAGCAUCAAGAAGUAGCUGGAAUAAUGGAAUCAGUAGUUAUGAGCUUUCGGAUGGUCCUCAAAAUGUGCUUCUGCUGACUGUUCUAAUGUAAUGUGCACCAUUGACAAUAGCAGAGACUUAGAUGUAGUCUGAAGAGUUGAUUCACCAACGUUUCUCAUCAUCUGAAAAGAUCUAAAUAUGCCUCCAAAAAAGAAAGGUGGAGGUAAAGGUGGCAAGAAAGAUGGGGGAGGUUACAUUGUGGACGGUGUGUCAACAACUGAGAUGACACAUGAACAACUACAAGAAUUUGCUCAGAGACUGAAGGAAGAAAUUGACAGAGAGCGAGAAGAAAGAAAUUAUUUCCAGCUUGAACGUGAUAAGUUACAGACAUUUUGGGAGAUAACUCGUCAACAGUUAGAAGAAACCCGUGCAGAAUUAAGAAAUAAGGAUCGAGAAAUUGAAGAAGCUGAGGAGAAGCAUCAGACUGAAAUAAAAAUUUACAAACAAAAAGUUAAACAUCUUCUUUAUGAACACCAGAAUAAUUUGGCAGAAUACAAGGCAGAGAGCAUGGUUUCUCUCAGGAUGGCACAAGAUGAUUAUACUGAUCAAGAAAUGGAGUUAUUGGCAGACAAGAAAGACUUGAAGAGCCGUCUCAGGGAUCAGGAACUGGCACAUCAAGAAGAAAUGAGAAAUGUCAAACUGGAGCACAGUGAAGCACUUAGUAAGGCAAGAGAAAAAUUUGAGUCAGAAGCUCGAGAAAUAGAAGCAAAGUAUGAAAGAAAACUUGUUACCCAACGGAAUGAUAUAUGCAUGAAGUAUGACAUGGAACUCAAAGAGCUGGAAGAAAGAAAAAACAAACACAUUACUGAACUUAUGAAAAAUCAUGAGAAAGCAUUCUCUGAAAUAAAGAGCUAUUACAAUGAUAUUACCUUAAAUAAUUUGACACUUAUAGCAAGCCUUAAGGAACAAAUGGAGGAAACAAAGGAACAUGAAGACCGUAUGGAAAAAGAGCUACGUGAACUUAAAAAUGAAAACAAAAGAUUAGUGCAACCUUUUGAAGAGGCUCAAGCUACUGUUGCAGAUCUGACACGAAAAAUGCAGACCUGUGAAAAGGACAAAGAAUCUUUAAUGAUUUGCAAAACACGUUUAAAAAUGUGCCUUAAGGAGUUAGAAGAUCUCAAGUGGGAGAAUGAAGUACUCAAGCUUCGAUUUGAUAAGCUGCAACAUGAAAGAGAUGAAAUACACCAUCGCUUCGUCACUGCGAUAAUGGAACUGCAACAGAAAACAGGCUUAAAGAAUGUUUUACUGGAGAAGAAAUUGUCGGCGAUUACUGGCAUGCUGGAGCAGAAGGAAGCUGAGUUGGGCGAGAUUCUGUCAGCUGCAAAUCUGGAUCCUACCACUGUCGGCGCCAUCAACAAGAAAUUCGAGGAGCUGCUGAAGCGGAAGAACUCUAAGAUCCAAGACCUGCAGUACGAGCUGUCGCGGGUGUGCAAGGCACACGACGACCUGCUGGAGACGUACGAGGGCAAGCUGCGCAAGUACGGCAUCCCGACGGAGGAGUUGGGCUUUACGCCGCUGCGCGCCACCCGGCAGCGCCACCAGGUCGCCGCCUGACGUGGAGACGCGGAGCCUAUCUGUGUUUACCUUACCUCUC